GCGCCCUCUUCAGUUGAACAGAGGGUGUAAUACAUAAUUCAGUCCCAGCCAGGGAACACCUCAGUCUCUCUUCUCCUGUCAAGCCCCGGAGCUGCAGCCUCUACACAGCCUGCGGACCGAGCCGCAAAUGCGGCUGCUUCCUGCUCUGGAGCGGAUAGAGAAUCAACCUUGGAGAAGGACGAAUGCGGGGUUAGUUUCAGCGUAUGCAUGACUUCCAGCGGCGGAGGAAGGACGGGGCAGACAGUCGGUGGUGACGAGACGUAAACAUUGCCAUGCCCUGCUUCAUGCACCACCUCCUCGGAUUCGUUUCCUCCUAUGGGCUCUGUUUUAGAGGAUAACUGCAGAGGAGAAUACGAAAAUUACGCCGUUGUCGAAGGUAAAUAUUUUGGAGCUGUGGUGAAGUUGUGUUUGGGAUAGGAGGCUGCUGCGGGCCACGAUCUGCACUGUAGGUAGCCUACACAGCAUCUUGACUUUGCUGUGUCCGUGUUUUCCGGCCAAAUGCCGCAGGCAGCAUCCUCCGAGCUGAGCUUCACUCUCUGGGAUUAACAAGUUCUCAGAAGCUACAACCUAGUGGUUCAACUUCUUAUUUUUUUGGAGUAUUAUUUUGUAGGCUAUUGGGCAAUUCCCUCCUCUGUGUAACUGGGUGAUGAUGAACAUUUUUUUUUACGAAUGGUUUGGAAUGGUAUUGGUCACAGUGCUUCCCAAACUGCAGGCUUUUAGAAAGAUGUGAUCAGCUGCAGCAAUUGUGAUUAGCAAAGAAUCUCAAACAUUAAUCAGACCGGCCUCUGCAUGACUGCUUGGUGGGACCAGUCUUGUAAUUAUCACAAUUCACAUUAACUCAGUCUCAGCACCAUGGGUGCCAAGCAGACCAAAGUCCAGGAGCCUGGAGGAGCCAGCCCUCAACACGGCUGGAAACGAACGCCCACCAAGGAGCGGGGCGACAUCUUGGCUUCCCUCAUGGUGAAGUCAGGGGACCGGCUGAGCCGUGGCGGGACACCGCCGCCCUACCAGCGCCGCAUCGGCAUGAUCCAGGAGAUGAUGCUGAUGGCCAAGCAGGGCAAGCAGGACGAGGCCACAGAGAUGCUCAAGACACUCCGACAGGACCUGGGCAUGGAGUCAACAUCUCUGGAUGACGUGUUGUACCGCUACGCCAGCUUCAGAAACCUGGUUGACCCCAUCACGCAUGACCUGAUUAUCAGCCUGGCAAGAUAUGUCCAUUGUCCCAAGACGGAGGGUGACUCUCUGGGGGCGAUGGAGAAGGUUUGUCGUCAGCUGACCUACCAUCUCAGUCCCCACUCACAGUGGAGGAGACAGGGCCUGCUGAAGAGGAAACCUCAGUCCUGUUUGAAGGCGGUGCUUUCGGCCCCUCUGUCCAGCGGGGCGUUGGAUCUGUCCGGUAUCCCUCUGGUGGCACGGGAUAUGGAGCGUCUGUGUGCAUACCUACAGCGCAAUGCGUCCAUCGUGGUCAGCCUGGAGAUGGGCUUCACCGACUUGACGGAUGAGGCGUUCCUCCUGCUCCUGCCCACGCUGGCCGUCCUGCCACACCUGGAGACCUUGGCACUGAACGGAAACAGGCUGACCAGAGCUGUUCUGAAGGAGCUGACUGACGCCCUAAAGGAUCCCGGCAGUUUCCCUAGCGUGACAUGGAUAGACCUGGGCAACAAUGUGGACAUCUUCUCCCUGCCGCAGCCCUUCCUGCUCAGCCUGAGGAAACGCUGUCCCAAGCAGGGAAACCUGCCCACCAUCCUGGAGUUCGGAGAGAGUCAGGCCAGCGACCCCCCCGAGAGGCUGAGGGGGCUCGGGGAAGAGGAGGAGACAGACGACAACCGAACUGAGAGCAUGGGUGAGCUCCGGUCGGAGGUGGAGGAGGAGCUGGAUGGAGAGAUGGAGAUAGAGGAGAUGAUGGAGGAGCUGCUGGACUUUGACAGGGAGGUGCAGGGGAAGGAGGACGAGGAUGAGAGCAUGUGGACAGUGGAGGAGCAGAGGAAAGGGGAGAGAAGGAGGGGGUGGAGAGGGGAGGAGGCAGAGAAGGAGUUGAAGAGGAAAGAGCAGCGGCCGGGGAGGAGAGCAGCGAUGGCAGACGAUGAUGACGACACACAGAGCCGCUCCUCCCACCGGUCCCGCUCCAGCCAGUCACAACACUCCUCUGCAGCAGUUGAGCCAAUGAGAAUGGAGGAAGUCGACUUAGAUGAUGUGACAGACCAAUCAGACCACUUGACUUGAUUGCUGCUCCCUGCUCUGCUCUGCUUAUGUUUCCCCUCCUGUGUCGAGUCCUGUGUGGAAGGAGGCAAGAGAAGACUUUGUCUCCUGCAGAGGAUAACCGAGUGUGCUCGAGGUCAGACAGGCUGCAGUGUGGGAAGGAUGUAAUCCAUAUGAACAUGCCACUGGAUACUCCAUCCACUGAUCUGAUUUGUGACCAGCCACCAGAGCGUUCAGAUACUGGCAGAGUGACAGCUGAACCCAGGUGACUCUCGGUGACUGUAACAUGAGAAGACAAUCCCCAACAGGACGUCCAUUUUAUCGUAACUUUCUGUUUUUAAAGUACGAAUAGAUUAGGGAUGCUAUUGCAUAGAAUAGACUGAAUAAUUAUAUCACAUGAGGCUUUUAUAUAUAGAAUGUUAUUUUAUUUUUAUUCGGGUCCUUUCCUCCUGGUAACCCUGGUGAUACCUACAUGUGCCUGUGACACGUCCCGGAACUGGUUAAGAGUGUUGUUGAAAGAUUAAAAAAAAAAAAGAGAGAAAAGAAAAUAUAAAAAUAGUCAGGGCCCUGUGUUUGCCAAAAACUAGACAUGGUAAUGUAUAAAAUGUUUCCCUCCCACAUACGUCCACGGCUAGCCAGAUGGAUCGGAAGACAGACGGAAAUCAAAAGUCAAGCCGACUGCUUUGUGGAAAUCAGUUGCUCCUUAAAACAUCAACAGAUGCACCGUGCGUUACUGGAAGAGAAGUGCUCUGAAGAUUAAAUUAGUCCGCUGAAACCAAAAGAAAAAAGCGACUGAAAAGGAGACAGUAAAGGCCUGAUGAUUGUAAGGAAAACAGUAAAAUAAAGUGUCCGGUUUUGGAAGGACAAGGACUUGCUUUACAGUGGCUAGAUGUGAUAAUUAUUGCCAUGUGUCCCAAAGCAAAGUGCUGGGGUAUCAAGUUGAAAUAUUUAGAAGCCUUGUUCUCAUAAUCCAGGUCAUGCUUCACGGUACUUUACACUAGUGUGCACCACAUGCUUACAGCGCUGUGUUUAUAUAUAGGCCGCAGCUGAUCACAUUCACGUGUCUGCUGGGUUACAACAAAUAUAUCUUUUUGAAGUAUGUAGCUCUCACCCGGCCUGUGCUUUUCAUUCAAUGUGUCACUUAUAGUCCAUGCAAAGCUUUAAGAAACAAACUUUAUUUUUGGAUGUAUAGUAUAUAUAGCAUAGUUUUUAUCUGUUUAUUUGUUUAAAUUGUAGAUUAGCUAUUUAAAGAGGAAUACCACUCAAUUCAAGGAUUUAUAUAUAUGUUACUUUUGUGGUCUGGGAUAGUUCAAGCUGUGUUUGUGUACAUGAAUAAUGUUGUGGGUAAAAGGUGAACCAGAUUUUUAAUUAGAAUAAAUAUAUAUAGAAUAAACCAUCAUAAAACAUUGAAAAAAACAAUGAAUAAAUGCAUUCAUACUUUUCCCCAGACAGGUGCCUCAGGCGCCAAUACAUUCACCUUUGGAGCUGUUAAUGUGUGUGGCAUAAAAAAUGAAGGCCUUUAAUGGCAUGCUGAUGCAUGCAGUUGCAACACAUCAUCAGGCAAAUUUCAUAUAGACCAGCAUGUUUGUCUACACAUCUGUCACAUAGACUUUUUGGUGUGCAAGAAGCCAGUAAAUUUCCGGGUCUUAGCCUGCUGCAAAUCCUCCAACUUUAUGGAUGUGCAAUACUAAAUUGUUGGAGUGCCUCUUUACAAUACGGUAUUUGUUGCUUAUUUAUGCAGAAUUCAACCAACAGACACUGUCUUUCUGCUAGCAGGAUAUAUUACCUCUGAAAGGAUUAGGACUUGGCAGAGAUAUGUACUCUACUGAAUAACAUGCAAAGCUGUUUUCUGUCUGAAAGAUUUUAUUGAAACCAUAUUCUGAUAAGCAAGAAACAAUCUCUAGAAACUCAAAUUAAAUGGAAGGAGAAUUCUAAAUAACUAGUAUAAAUAACCUUCUGUGGGUUGAUUUGAUUUUAUUUAAAAAGGUGACUUGCAAGUACGGCAUGGUGUCAUUAAAAUGAAUGGAUUUGUAUUCAGAUUUUCAUUUAGCAGAGCCACUAAAAGCAAGGCAAGUAAUCAUUUAAAGGUUAUCCAAUACAUUUCUAAUAGGAAUCCAGUGACUUCACAGCAAAAUCAACAAUUUAGCAUAUGCAAUUU